CUUCAUCUCAUCACUUCGCUUGAGCUGCUGACUGAACGCACUCGCAUCUCACGGUCUGGGAAUGGGAUCUUCACUGGGUUCAAAGAAGAACUUCCAAUUCUUUCGGGUUUACGCUCUGCAGAAACUGCUUUUCAAACUUCAGGGAUAGUUGUUGCUGCAGGUGCAAGGUGACCACAGCGCAGCCUCUGAAGAGAAAACCUCACCAAGACGCACCGGGGCUUAGGUAUCCAGCGCAAGAAACCAUCACGUUGUGAAAAGCUUCGCUCGGUACAGCUGGAUUCUUUACAUAUAUCUGCAUACCAAAGCCAGCUCAACGAAGAAGUAGGCGAAAUAAGCGUGCGUAAAAGUUGGAGCUGUUACGCACGGGUGUAAGGUUGGUCUGAGGACGCGUCUAUCUGCAAGAAAAAGUUCAAGAACACGGAUUUAUUGGAGUUUAAACCGUAGGAGAAGAGUUACAUUUGCAGUCAUGGCAAAAUGGUUCCGAGAUUUUCCCAUCAACCUGAAAAACGGAACGGAGAGGGUCCGCUCGGCCUCUGAGUCUGGUUCCCAGACUAGACCCAAACCUACAUUUUCACGGGACAGUCUGAAGGGUAAUCCACGGAAAGACGGAGGGGUGGGGAGCCUGUUAGCUGGCAGAAACAGGAAAAACUCUGCCACAGAGCUGGGUCGCAACAAUGCCGGCUAUGGAGGGACCGUCUGGGACAGCCUGACCACUGGGAAAGGUCGAAAGAACUCCAAAACUGAGACUGGGGCUUCAGAUGAAAACCGCCCGGUGAGGAGCUCCAGUCUGGCACAGGCGUACAUCAGCAGGAUGAUCAAAGUAGACAAGCAGGACAAGACCCCCAAACUCGACGGGAUAAGCGAACAGAAGCUGUCUGAGAACGAGAAGGCAAAGUCGGACAUAAAAACUACGUUGAUAAUCCUGGAGGAUUAUGCAGACCCCUUCGACGCAGAGAAAACCAAAGAGCAGCGAGAGGCAGAAAGAGCAGGGGUGAAUGAUGGCUACAUGGAGCCAUAUGAUGCCCAGGUCAUCAUCACAGAUGUCCGUCGGCGGGGCUCCAAAGACCUCCUGAAAGUGUGCGUCCUGCUGGACCGAGGUCAGAAAGAGGGGAAGGGGGAGGACGGAACGCCUUCGCCCCCUAACAUCUACGACACGCCCUACGAAGGCGGACUGGAGGGCGACAGCGAGGGCGUGUGGAUCCCUGUCACACGACCGGAGUCUGAUGUCCGUCCGGCCGGGGAGUACGAACUGCCCUGGGAGUGGAGAAAGGAGGACAUUGUCAGAGCUUUGUCAGCUCAGUUUGAGGGGGUGGAUUGUUCUCCCAGUAAAGAGAAUUCCCCGACAUCUGGCCGUCAGGAGCAGCAGCAGCAGCAGCAGCAGACCCUGAGGGCGAGGAACUGGAGCCACAAGGCUCUGGUCUCAACCGCUGCAUCAACUUCCUCCUCUACGUCCUUUCCAUCUUCUCCUAUUCUUAAACUCUCCCCUCUGACCUUGCCAUCUCCUGCUUACCCCACGCUCAAGCUCUCGCCCCACUCGCCCUCUUCCAGUCCCACUAAACUGUCCCCCCCAUCCCCUAUUUCUCCCAGUUCCCCACUGGAUGGGGAGAUGUCCAAAAUGGAUUCCAGCCUGCCCCUGGAGAAGCAGAGCUGGUACCACGGCAGCGUGAGUCGGCAGCAGGCUGAGGCUCAGCUGCAGCGCUGCAGGGAGGCCAGUUUCUUGGUGAGAGACAGCGAAUCAGGGACUAGCAAAUACUCCAUCGCUCUGAAGACCAGUCAAACUUGCGUUCACAUCAUUGUGGCCCAGACUAAGAGCAGCAAGGGCUUGGGCUACACGCUGGAUCAGAGCAGCUGCGUGUUUUCCAGCAUCCCUGAGCUGGUCUAUCACUACUGCUCUCACAGACUGCCUUUCACAGGAGCAGAGCACAUGACCCUGCAGCAUCCAGUGCCCCGGCAGCACUAAAACAUAAAAAAAAAAGCAAGAAUACAUAAAGGAACCACAUUCAGAGACCACUGCACAUGACUCUCCACAGACAUAAAUGAACACAGACACUCCACUUUUGAUAAAUGUGUGCACAAAGUGGAGGAUAUGCUGCUUUACAAACCGCCUUGUACGCCUACUGGGUUUGUAUUGCGUCAAUACACCACCUAGUGGUCAAUGUCAGGCACUUCAAUUCAGUACAUCCUACUGUAGUGCUGGCUUUUACAACAUUGCCAUCACUGAUCUAACGCUCUCAGUCCUUACUGAACAUAGACAGGAAGGUAAGACAAUUAUUUCUGAAUCUGACUCAUUGUUUUAUCGGCAUUUUCAACAACAGCAACAAAAUAUUCUACCAUCCCUAAAGACCCACACGAUGCCUCUACACAAAAUCAAAUGAUGCAUGUAUAGUAGAGACUAUAACAUUUAGGCAAUCAUCUCACGGGAUGCCCUCAAAAGAGUGACAACAUAAUAGAUUAGCACGUUCAGAUACAGUUAGGCACCAUCUGCAAUAUGCCUGAUUAGAGUAUAUACAGGUGUCCAGACUUGUGAAUGAGCCGAUUGAUCUGCCCUGAAACUCUUUGUCAGAUAAAAAAAUUAACAUUAUUGACUACAUGAGUGUAACUAAGGAGUUCUCAUAAACCCGCAGGACACAGUCAGCAAAACUGUUUCGGCAUGUGUGACUCUGCAAAUAUACUUUGGAAAAAAGGUUUCUGCAGUUUAGUCUAAUAGGGUAAUUAAUAUGGAGACCAUGUGGUGACAAUACAACAUUAGACAAAACACAGGGAAAAAAGGUGAAAGAAAAAUACAUAAACGCUUCUAAAUGCGAAAUAAUAUUAGCAAGCAUGACUAAGGGAGGUUGUCAACAACAAAACUGUUUUUUAAGGCUUUAUAAUCAUAUUCAGUUCUUUUGUAUCGAAGAUGCCAUGUUGCUGAAGUUCUUUAAUGUGCUGUUUUGUUUUCACAUUUUGUUAUUGUCCCUUUGUGUUGCUGUGUUCUGUCUAAUGUAGUUUCUGCAUUUCAGAGCCUCUGUACCUUAUACUGGACUGUUUGUUUUUUACAUGAAUGCCACUGUGAUGUGGACUGUGUUUUAUUGUUUGUAAAACUGUUACUCAGCAAAUAAAGUACAGUUUAUUUUACCUAUAAA